UCAGAAUAAUCUGCCUGUUUUGAUGGAUAAAACAAAAACAGUAGAGACGGGUAAUUGUAGGGUUUCAGCAAAUUGCCACACACAGUUCUGACCACCGCUCAUUCACUGCCAUCAAAUAUUCACAUGCAAAUGAGCUGCUGAGUCACAGAUGUCCUAUAAGUACAGACACAGACCCUCCGGUUCUCCUCGCAGGGCCCCGACAGAGGUGAUCCUGCUCGGCGGGGACGCGGAGGAGCGCGCGGCGGACGUUUCUGAGUGGAGCGUGAAAGAGAAAAGAAGAAGUAAAAGAAAUCUCGUAUGAUGUCCGUUGUGGGCGCGCAGCCGUUCAUCAAGCCGAUGCAGCCCUCGCCGUCAGUUUCCCCCGGGAUCCAGAGGAGACACACGCUCCCGGCCAGCGAGGUGCGGCCGCUCAACACGCAGGAUGCCAUCAGCGUCUUCGAGAUCGAGCGCGAGGCGUUCAUCUCGGUGUCGGGUGAGUGCCCCCUCCACCUGGACGAGGUGCGCCACUUCCUCACGCUGUGUCCGGAGCUCUCCAUGGGCUGGUUUGAGGAAGGCCGCCUGGUGGCUUUCAUCAUCGGCUCCCUGUGGGACCAGGACAGGCUGACCACGGAUGCCCUGACGCUCCACAAGCCGCGCGGCUCCACGGUGCACAUCCACGUGCUGGCCGUGCACCGCACCUUCCGGCAGCAGGGCAAAGGUCCCAUCAUCAUGUGGCGCUACCUGCAGUACCUGCGCUGCCUGCCCAACGUGCGCAGGGCGGUGCUGAUGUGCGAGGACUUCCUGGUCCCGUUCUACAGGAAGUCCGGCUUCAAGGUGCUGGGCCGCUGCGCCAUCACCGUGGGCAGCCUCACCUUCACCGAGAUGUGGUACCCGAUCAGCGGCCACGCGUACAUGCGCCGCAACAGCGAGGCCAUCCGCUUCCCGCAGCAUCCGCUCACCCUGCCGCUGGCCAAGACGGACGAGCCGGUCGAUGUAUGACUUU